AUGAAGUUUUCUACCCCAAUCGUGCUUGCUGCUGCCGCCGCUGUCGCUUCUGCCGAGCUUUCCCUGGGCGAUGACUGGACUUGGACAAGAACCAUCACCAACAAUGACAUGACUUACACCAAGAAAGGAACUACUAAAUACACUGGCCAGCCAACCACCGAGCCAACCUCUGGUACUUACACCAACACCGUGACCUUCGUCAACGACGGUAGCACCCGUUACAAGUAUGUGACUAACACCUACGGCCAGGUCACCACCAUCACCACCGAUCACGUCGUUUCUGGUCCAGAUGAAACCUACACCAGACCUUUUGUCAAUGCCAUGCACACUAGUGAAGUUCCCAGCUUCUUGUCCUCCCACUCUAAGCACAUGUCUGAGGCUUCUGAGGCUGACGAGUUCACUGCUAAGCACGGUACUGAUGCUGCUAAGUCUCACGACAAAUUCAAAUCUGAACUGAAGACUGGCUCCUCAGGCAACGCUGGUAAUGCCUUGCAGUACGGUGCUGGUCUCGGUGCUUUUGGUGCCGUUGCCGCUUUGCUUUUGUAA